UAACAUUGUUCAAAAUCUUACUGAUCAUUCUUUACUUUCAUUGGAUUCAUUGUAUUUAGUUAUAAUAUUUUUUCUUUUACUAUAUCCUUAUUUUUUUUUUUUUUUUUUUUUUUUGUCUUUUCAUUUUUAAGUUUAAAAAUUUUUUUUAAUAUAGUUAAUUCAUCAAAAUGAGUUUAAUAGAAAAUUUUAAUUAUUAUUUCUACGAUAAUGCUGAUCCUCGAGUGAGAGAUAUGUUUAUUAUCAGUAGUAUUUGGUUUCCAAUUAUAACAUUAAUCAUAUAUUUAUAUAUUUCAUUUAAAGUUGUUGUAAAUUAUAUGAAAAAUCGUCCCGCCUACAAAUUGAAUACAUUUAUAAAAAUUUAUAAUAUUUUUCAAGUUAUUACUAAUGCUUAUAUUGUAUAUGAAUUGGCAAGUUGUUAUCCAUUUCUUCGAAUUCUUGAAUGUCGUCUCAUUACUUAUGAUUUGGAUGAAUGCAGUAUGAGGAUUUUAAACGCUUCUGUCCUUACAUUAUAUUUAAAAUUUAUUGAUCUUAGUGAAACAGUAAUUUAUUUAUUACGAAAAAAAAAUAGUCAGGUUUCAGUUUUGCACCUCUACCAUCACAUAUCUACCUUUUUGGUAGGAGUGAUUUUUUUAAGAUACUUUACAUCAGAAGUAACAAUGUUAUUUCCAUUGAUGAAUUGCGCAGUUCAUGUGAUCAUGUAUUUUUACUACUUUCUUAGUAAUUUUGAAGGACCAAUUAAACAACUGAUUAAACCUUUCAAACCCUAUUUAACUCUUAUACAAAUGGGACAAUUUGUGAUAAUGUUAAUGCAAAUAAUAAUUUACUCCAUACAAAAUUGUGGAAUAUCAAAAGUCUUACUUGUUACAAUGUUCAUUAAUGUUUCAUUCAAUUUUGGAUUGUUCUUUAAUUUUUAUCAAAAAAAUUAUAUUAAUUCAAAAAAGAAAAAAAAUUAAUUAAAUUUAUAUACAUAUUAAUUUGAUUUUUCACAAAAAUUUUAAAUUAAAGUACAAAAUUUUUUUUACAAAUACAAGGUUUACGUUUAUUUAAAAAAAGUACCUAAAAAAUAGCCUCACUUUUUUUGUCCUAUAAAAAAAGU